UGUUGGGCGCGCAGCGUGGAUUUGGAGAUGUCUUGGCAGUAUUACGCACGGCUAGACCAAAGACGUGAGAGCCUCCUGUAGAAAGACAGGAUACUUUAAAGCUGAACUCCUCUGGCUCUCAACUUUCGACUUCGAAGCACUCCUGCUCCUUCCUCCUGAAGGCAUCUUAUCAUCUUUUCCUGUCCGCGAAAGAGGAUUCAGUUCUCCCGAUCACAGCGGCAGCAGCACUGGGUCUGAAUGACUUGUUCCCUCGUCCUCGGGUCGCUGUGGUAGAGAGACGGCAAGGAUGUAAACAGCUCAGGAGGGAAACAAACUCAAACGAGCGGAAUUUGUAAGAGAUCCCAAAAACGAGAGGAUGAUCCCACCGACCAACACGGUUCAGGACGAAAGUGGGGGCAAAGAGGGCGAAGAGAAUCAGAACGAGACUCCAAAAUCCCCGACGACGAACGCCAACCAGCAGGAAACCAAGAAUACUGUGAGGCCUGAGCAUCAAAAGCGCAAGCUGCAGAGACUUAAACGCUCACUCUCCUUCAAGACGAAGAGCAUCCGCAGCAAAAGCGCGGACAACUUCUUCCGAUCAAGCAAUGACAACAAGAUGGAGUUGCUCUCAGACGUGAGCAGCAGCACGGGCCAUCUCUGCAACAUCGGGAUGGCCCCGCCACAUACCACCAGCCUCCCCAUCCCUCCCGUCCCCCCGGCCAUUCCCAGCGCUCCUCCUCCCACGUCGCGCUCCCAGGCGCGCAACCCAUUCCAGGUUGACUCUGCAGGCCACUGCUUCAUGGAGCACAUCUUUAAGAAGCCAACGUUCUGUGACGUCUGCAAUCACAUGAUCGUAGGUACGACAGCCAAACAUGUGGUGUUCCUGGCAGGAAACACGGCGAAGCACGGCCUCCGCUGCAAAGCCUGCAAGAUGAGCUUGCACCACAAAUGUGAGAACGGAGUGGGACAGCAGCGCUGCAUGGGCAAACUGCCAAAAGGCUUUCGGCGGUACUACAGCUCUCCAUUACUGAUCCAGGAACAGUACGGCUGCAUCAAGGAAGUUAUGCCUAUUGCCUGUGGGAAUAAAGUUGACCCUGUCUAUGAGGCGUUGAGGUUUGGGACAUCACUAGCGCAGAAAGCAAAGAGGUCCAGCGGGUCUGAGUCACCACACAGAAACUCGACAAAUGACUUGGAUAAGGUUCCAGAGGAAGUGGUGGCUCACAGCAGCAGGCAGGAGCUGACGAGAAAACACAGCGAUGAUGUUUUCACUGUCAUUGAGAAUGGGACAGAGCACUACAACCAGCCAGAGAGAAAACCUGACGAUUUACCGUUGGAGCAGAGCCAGCUACAGAAAGACGUCCUAAAGCUCAACACCUAUGUGGCCUUGCACAGUUUCACUCCACAGGACAGCCAUGACCUGGAGAUGAGAGCUGGAGACAGAAUCUUGUUGGCUGACGACUCAAAUGAUGACUGGUGGAAGGGGGUUAUUGAGGACAGGAUCGGAUUCUUCCCAGCAGCCUUUGCUCAUAGGGUGCGGGUUGGGGACCAAGUGUUCAGGUGCAAUAGGACGUUUAUUGGCUGUAAGGAGCAAGGUCAGAUCACCUUGAAGGAGGGACAGAUUUGUGUGGGCAGUGAGGGCGAACGCGGCGGCUUCAUCAAAGUGGCGAGCGGGAAGAAAAGAGGGUUUGUACCUUGUGACGUUCUGGAGAUCAUCUGAGACAAACUGAAGAAUUAAUAGAGAUGGAGAGAGAGGAAGGCAGAGUGGAGGAAGGAAAAGCUACCUGGAGGUCAGACGUGGACGAAAGUGAACCUACGAAACAGUUUGGACUUUACUGUGAUACUUUGCUGCUGGUCAGAGUCUCUGCCUCACAGCUCUUGAUACAGAGAGAUGCUGAGACGACAGACUGACAGAUAUUUGUUUUUUUUUUCAACUUCAGCUGAUUGUGUUCACGUUCUCCUUUUUAGUUUUAGUCUCAUACAGCCUUUUUUUAAACGAGUAAUUCUGCUGGCUGAUCAAGGUCAGACUAAUAGUUGUAAGCAAGAUUAGACUCUGAUUUGGCAUUUGUAAGGUUUAAGGACCCAUCUGCUUUGAAAAUUGAUAAUUUUGUCUUCAAUCAAGGCCACAUCUGAGACGCCUCAUGACCUCCCAACAGAAAGUCUAGCAUGGUUGGUUUUCCUGUCUACUUUCUAUGAUUUGUUCUGUCUCAUCAGUGAAGUUGACCGAUAAAAGAACAGAGCACGCUGCAUGUGAAAAAGUCACAAAUAUAAACAAACCAAAUGGCAAGGAGAAAGAAGAAUAAGGAAGUCCGUGCAAUAAGAUGGAAAUAUAAGACAGGAAUAGUUUGUUGAGCUUUGGCAACAACAACUCUGUAUUUAUGAUGUGUUGUAGAAGGACUAUGACAACACAGACCGAUCAAAAAAGAAAGACAAAUGGCACCAAGUAAGAAGCAGACAAAGAACAGAGUAGAGUACCGUAUGGGGGUGGUCUGGCCCAGCUCCUCUUCCUUCCAAACAUCAUCAAAUCAUGUGUGGUGAUUGGCUGGAUACGACUGUCAUGUCAAGUCAUAGCACGAAUUUAAGACUCCUUGAUUGCCUAAUCUAACACAGUAAUCCUUAGAAGAGAUAAAAAAGAUUGUCUAGUCUGACCUUGGCAUUUGCAAAAAAUAAACUGCACAGUGUUUUAAUAUAUGUCUCAGUACAUACAAUGACAUGCUUCCUUGGUAAGUUUAUCCUAACAUCUUGUUUUACUUUUAUUUCAAUGCAGAGAAGUUAGCAAUAAAUAAAAAUAGCACUGAUGUUGCUAAAGGUUUCUGGAAUUCUUAAUGAGAGUUGAACAGGAAAAGCUGCAAUCUUUGAGGCCACAAAUCUCCUUCAAAUCUACUUGAAAGGAACCUGGCAUGACCAGACAAAUUCAUCUGAUUGGAUAGAUAUUUCUUAAAUAUUUACUGAACAAAAACACUUACUAGAUAUCUGCAUUUUAAGGUGGAUUUUAACUCAGCGCCACAGCGCUCCCUGGCCCGUACAAUUUAUGCAGCUGCUGUACGUGUCCGCUCCGGUAUAAACCAUCAUAGCUUUCAUACCUGGUGUGAAUGUGCUGCGUGCUGGCUGUGUCUCCCAGCUGACAAAGCCCUGUGAUUCUUCAUAAGUUUUACUGUGAUAAACCUCUCAACAAGUAACUUGAUCCAGUUUAUAGUGGAACCGUGCCAGGGGCUUUUCAAAACAAAAACACAUUAUAAAAACAAAGGUAGUUUCCCCAUAUAAAUGCUAAAACAAGCUUUUACUUUUAAAAGCACAAACCAGAAGUGCACUCAUACUGUGUUUAUCUUUCCUGUGACAUUUUGAAAGCUUCCAGUAGAAGUAGAAGUAGUAGAAAUUUAGAGAACAGCAAGCAUUUUAGCUUGUGGCCUUCGUCAGGGUUAUCAAAAAUCAGAUUGCAAACAAAUUCUACCAAUGUGAAAGUACAUAUUUGCUACAACAAUGAAGAUAUGGCGCCCUCUUUAUAAGUUUCGUGUCUAUUUUGGCUGAGCCACCAGAACAACCCAUCCGGGUACUUUGCCCAAACGAUACUGGCCCCGCCCCCUUCUGGGGGAAAACAUUCCUUAAAACGAACGAUAGUCAGUGGGAAAGUUUGGGUCAUUAGGGAUUUAAAAGCUUAGAAUAUGAAAACCGUACGGUUACGCAGUUAUUGGGAGCAAAAAUCCAGUGAGAUAAACAUAUAAUGUUGGUAUUUAUGAAAAAAUACUUCUAUGAAAUAAAUAAAAUUAUAGAUGUACAUGAGGGUGUGUUCAGUCUCUCUCCAUCAUACUGGACAAACAGUCCCAUCUUGUGACUGGAGAUAUCAUAAACCAACAUCACAUACCUUCUUUGUGUUGGAUUUUAACACGUAAUGUGGUUAAUAAGUUAGGGAAUGUGUGAAAAAGUUGUUAACAGGCAGACAGAAUAAAGCUCCUGCUGUCACAGAGCGAUCGAUAGUUUAAAGUCAUUAAGAACACAGUUACGGUCCAACAUUUGCCCACUUUAGCCCUCUCUAGUUUCAGCAAAAAGUCACAGAACUAUCUUUGACACUCUGUCAUCAUUUGAGAAUAAGGAAACAUGCCUUAAAUUGUGGCUUUUUGAUUGUUUAAGGCACAAAACGCAACAAAAUGGCUUUUACUGAAGUUUUCUAGCCCACCACCAUUAGAUGUGAGGGUUUGUUUCCCCCCGAAUGGGAGUGCAGUCACAUUGGACAGCGAGACGUGACGUUGUACUGCUCUGACCUAUAACCACCUGAGGUGUGCCGAGAAAAACAGGCAAGACCUCAAGUCUCCAAACUCCCAGUGUGAGACGCAGCUCUCAUGCUGCCAGUCUGAAACGGCCCAGCACAGAAAUACAGGUGGAGAAGCACUGUGGCCAGAUUAUGUCACACUACCAGUGAGGACCAAAACACAGUAGCCUCCUGGUGAGUUUAUGAGCUCAAAUGUACUUAAAAUGGAGAUAUCUAGUGAGUUAUUUGUUUAAUAUACAUGAGAUACAAAUAUUUAUCCAGUAAGAUGAACUUGUCUGACUAUGCUGGUUUCCUUUAUAAAAAACAAGAACAAAAAAUCAAGCUCUAGAGCACAGCUGUCAAACUUAAAGCCUGGGGCCAGCAGGUCUCAUCAGGCCCAAAAUAUGCUUUGGGGAAAUGAAGUAAAAUUUUGCAAAAUAUUAAUCAAAUAUUUACUAAUUGAAAUAUUUCUAACUUAGAAUUUCACCAAUAUAUUAUGAAUUGUGCCUUGGAUUUUUUAAAAUUCAUCCACGACUUAUACUUUUCUUAACCUUGCUCUGAGUAGCUUGGAGUGUUCUUUUGUCUUCAUGUUGUAAUGGUAGCCAGGAAUAAUGAUUUACCAGUGACUGGACCUUCCAGACCCAGGUGUCGUCAUACUACAAUCACUUGAGACACAUUCACCACACUCAUGUGAUCCCCAUUUCACUAACUGUGAGACGGCGAGCAGCAAUUGGCUUUACCUCUGUUGGAUUAGGUCAGUCAUUUAUCAGUCAUUUUUUUUGUCAGUAAAGCCAACUAUUGACCAUGACUGAUUUAUAAAAUUAAUAAAAGGGGGAAAUUUCCACAGGGGUAAAUACUUUGAUAGACACUGUAUCUAACAAACGAUAGUUUCAAGACAUAAAUAAUCAAGCAGCCUAUAUAAAUAUAUAUAUAUAUAUAUAUAUUUCAGUGUUUGGUCAUGUUGAUGUUGCUUAAAGAAAAAAUUUCUGCCCUCAAGAGGUGUUAUUUGAGCAAUUUUGGACCCCCACCCAAUAUGAGUUUGACACCCCUGCUUUAGUGUUUUGUUUUAAAUUGAUGACAGAAGCAAAACACAAGUGAAAAAGCUCAUCAGGUGCAGAAAAGAAACCUGGGGGAGUAUUUUUAGAGGAGUGUGACAUGAUCAAAGGCCUCAGAAAUUCUCAUUGGUCCUCCAGAAAUAUCCUAAUCCUCCCUGGGUUAAAGAGAGUCUAUUGCAGUCAGGGAUUAAACCUAAUGAAGAUGGUUCUGCACAUUUUCUUUUCUCAUCAUAAUUAGAAUCAGUUACUUUUAAGAUCUGUCUCAAUGGAUGCAAACUUAUCUACCAUAUUUAAGUUUCCAUGUUACAUGUAGAAUCUGUUAGACUUACCUAUAAAGAUUUUUUUUUAUUGAUUUAUUUGAUUGAUCUCCUUUGUUGUUGUCCUCAAACAUUUAGGACCAAAAAUGAUGUGAUCAGAGAAUGAAUGGUUGAAUGAGCUCUUGUAAUCUGAUGUUGUGAUCACAUGGUUAAAAACAGUGGAACAUACUGUACACACAAUUUAAUGUCUGCGUAUAAACUUUAUGGGUGGUCACUCCUGUAGUUUUCCUCUUUUCUCAGCUCAGUCUGAACAGCAGCUCUCACUCAGAUUCUAGGUAAGUGCAUUAUAGAAAGAUAUUCCUUAAAAUAGAUGUGUUUUAUCUUUUUAAGGUCGCUCUGCACUGAAUCUAAGCUUUGUCCAACAU